AUGGAUGAAGACGUGCCGAAUGUAUUCCUCUUCUAUCCUAAUUUGAUAGGAUAUGGACGCAUUGUAUUGGCUGUUGUUUCUUUCUAUACAAUGGCCGAAAGCCCCUUUAUUGCUCUGUUUUGUUAUGCUCUAAGUGCUGCUUUGGAUGCAUUUGACGGCUGGGCUGCUCGCACCUAUAAUCAGAGCAGCAGAUUUGGUGCUAUGCUCGAUCAGCUCACAGAUAGAUGCGGUACGAUGGCGCUAUGUAUGGCAUUGUGCAGAUUCUAUCCAUCGUGGAUGUUCUGGAUCCAGAUGAGCACAGUAAUUGACGUUGCUUCGCACUGGCUUCAUCUUCAUGCCACUGAUUUGACACGUGCUGACUCCCACAAAAAGAGUGAUAAUCCGAUACUACAUCUCUACUAUACAAAUCGUUUGUUCCUGGGAUUCAUGUGCGCUGGGAAUGAGGCGUUCUACUUGAUCCUUUAUAUACGCGCCUUUUGGUCUGGUCCUGCAAUUUUCAACGUUUAUCUGCUUUCGUAUCUUGCUGCUGUUGCUUUUCCUAUAGCGUUUGUUAAGUCAAUAAUCAGUCUGGUUCAUUUGGUGACUGCAUCUCAAACCAUUGUAAAGUACGACACCGAUGUUAUCCUGGCUAAACGCCGACAAACUGUUAAGAAGGACUGA